AUGCUGGGGUCGAGUCAGAGCUAUAGCAACCUGCUGGGGUCGAGUCAGAGCUCCUGGUGGGGUGCCACAGUUAUGGCAACCUGCUGGGGUCGCGCCAGAGCUCCUGGUGGCAUGCUAGAGCUUUGGUACAGUUCUAGGAUCGACUCAGAGCUCCUGAUGGUCAGAGGUAUGGCAAACCUCCGGGUCGAGUCAGAGCUCCUGGUAGCAUGUCACAGUUAUGGCAACCUGUUGGGGUCGAUCCAGAGCUAUGGCCACCUCCUGCGGCUGACCCAGCGCUCCUAG